CUGUUAUGUAAUGAUUUUGUCCUUCUUUCCAAUUAGGUGUUGCAUUUGGACUUUUUUCUGGGAAGUAUGUCAAAUCGGACACCAAUCUCAGAAGUCACUUUGGUUGGAUUUCCAGGGACUCCGGAAUACUUAGACUCCUCAAUAUCCGCUAUAAUGUUUCUUGUAUAUAUUAUUUCUCUGGUUGCUAAUGGGAGUGUGAUACUUUUGGUCAUAUUCAGCGUACACUUACACCAGCCCAUGUACCUGAUCAUCGCCAACCUCUCUGCAUCUGAUCUCUUGUUCGACACAGUGACUUUACCAAAAAUAAUCGGCAAGUACUGGUUUGGAGCUGCCCAAAUGCCCUUCAGGGCUUGUCUUUUUCAGAUGUUCUGUGUCCACUGUUUCGGGACCGUUGAUUCUUUCCUUCUUUUAUUAAUGGCCGUGGAUCGUUACGUUGCAAUUUGCCAUCCUUUAAGGUACGCGGCUAUCAUUGAUAUUAGAAAGAUUGUUCUGGCUUGUGGCCUUUGUUGGGUAGUUUUAGCGCCUUCCACCAUUAUAGUUAUCACCGCCAGGAUUUCACAAAUAGUCCUGUGUGACCGGGACAAGAUCAACACAUUGUUCUGUACUCAUACCGCCAUCUCAGCUCUGUCGUGUACGGACGUGUCAUCUCUCAGGGUGGUGGCUUUCACGUCGGCACUGGUUGUCCUUUUGGCAUGUCUGGCACUUAUUAUCAUUUCCUAUAUUCUGAUCAUAAGGGAAAUAUCAUCAACUCACUCGGAAAACUGGGGGAAGGCAUUUUAUACCUGCACCACACACCUCUUGGUCAUCUCUCUGUAUUAUGUGCCUCGAAUCUUUGUCUACAUUGUAACUAAUACGCCGCUGCUAAAAAUUCAAAGUGAAAUCAACGUGCUCCUCCUCUGUCUUUAUUCAUUCGUGCCACACUUGGCCAGUCCGAUAAUAUAUUUCCUCAGAACAAAGGAAAUCACAGAGACUUUACGCAACGUUUUAAGGAAGAAGGUUAGAUCUUUCCCACCACUGAACUACUGACCUGAAACAAAUCACAGCUGAAAAGUAUUUUCUUCUUGUCAAGAGGGUUCCAAGUGACCUCCAUUAUUGCCUCUAAACAGCAAUUUAACAUUAUUCCGGGGGGCGGAGCUUGUACCA